UCUUAUUACACUUUCUAGAUCCAUGAUGUUUGGCCGUUCCCGCUUCCUGGCGAAGUCUGUCUCGAGGAACAUCUCCUCUGUCAACACGCGGCGUCUCGCCUCCACCAAGUCUUUAAAAGAGACUAUUCAAGAGAUUGUCCCCGCCAAGCAGGAACAGCUUAAGAAACUUAAAGCCGAGCAUGGGCAGACCGUUGUUGGUCAGGUCACGGUCGAAAACAUCAUUGGUGGCAUGCGCGGUAUCAAGGCCAUGCUCUGGGAUUCCUCUGUCUUGGACCCCAUGGAGGGUAUCCGCUUCCACGGCAUGUCCAUUCCCGAGGCACAAAAAGCACUUCCUCCCGCCCCUGGUGGCAAGGAGAUGACCGCUGAGGGCAUGUUCUGGCUCUUGCUCACUGGCCAAGUCCCCACCGCUGAACAGACUCAGCAGCUCUCGCUUGAGCUUGCGGAGCGCGCCGAGCUUCCCAAGUUUGUCGAGGAGCUCAUUGACUCGCUCCCGAACACUCUGCACCCCAUGACCCAGCUCGGUAUGGGUGUCGCUGCUCUUAACCACGACAGCGCCUUCCAGUCCGCUUACGAGCGCGGUAUCAAGAAGACAGAGUACUGGACCUACGCUUAUGAGGACUGCAUGAACCUCGUUGCCAAGCUCCCUACCAUUGCUGCUCGUAUUUAUCGUAACAUCUAUCAACCCAAGAAGAGCAUUGCCGCCAUCGAUAAGUCGAAGGAUCUUGUUGGCAACUACGUCAACCAGCUCGGCUUCGGCCACAACGAGAACUUCACCGAAUACCUCCGCCUCUACAUUGCUCUUCAUGCUGACCAUGAGGGUGGUAAUGCUUCUGCGCACACCGCUCACCUCGUUGGUUCGACCCUCGCUGAUCCGUUCAUUUCCUACGCUGCUGGCCUUUACUCGCUGGCUGGUCCUCUUCACGGUCUCGCGAACCAAGAGGUGCUCCGCUGGCAGAUUUCUAUGUUGAGCGAAGUUGGCAACAACUUCAGCAAGGAUGACAUCAAGAAGUACCUCUGGGCUACCUUGAACAAGGGCCAGGUUGUCCCUGGCUACGGUCACGGCGUUCUUCGUAACCCAGACCCUCGCUUCGUCGCCCUGCAGGCGUUCUGCAAGGGUCAUGAGGACUUGAUGGCCAGUCCCAUGGUGAAGCUCGUUGCCGAGACCGCCGAGGUCGCUCCCGACGUUCUCAAGGAGCACGGCAAGACCAAGAACCCGUUCCCCAACGUUGACGCUGCUUCUGGCUGUGUUCUUUACCACUACGGCCUCACCCAGUUCAAGUACUACACGGUUAUCUUCGGUAUCUCCCGAGCUCUUGGUGCUGCUACCCAGCUCGUCUGGGCCCGCGCUUUGGGUCUUCCCAUUGAGCGUCCCAAGUCGUUCUCUAUCGACGCUUUGGAGAAGCUCGCCAAAAACUGAGCUAGUUGCUCUUGAGCUCUUCGGAGAUCAUAGGUUACGACGGGCGGACGACUGAGCACACCUGGACUGGCCGUAUUAUUGGGAUAAUGAUAUUCAUGUUAUAAUGUCUUAGAUUUUUACUUCGUUUUUUCUCAGUUUAUUUCAUGGUGGACAUAAGCAUGCAAUACUAUCGUCCCUAAAUGACAUUAAUAUUGUCAUACGGUCCCGAGACAUAUUCACUCAAAGCAAG